AUGGAGAAAGACCCCGACUUUCAUCUGCACUCUGGCUCAGAGUCGCCAGAGAAAACCCCUGUCGAUCACCGCGAUGUCAACAAGAUGGAGGCUCGACGAGGCUCCAAGGUCAACGAGGCCACCGACAUGUACGGCGAUGUGGCGACCGCCGAGGAAUAUGGUUACGUCUCUCGAGGCCUCAAGUCUCGUCACAUUCAGUUCAUCGCCCUUGGUGGGACCAUUGGUACUGGUUUGUUCUUGGGGAUCGGUCGUGCCUUUACUCAAGCGGGUCCGCUGUCCGUCCUGCUUGGCUAUACUUUCACUGGUCUCUCCGUUUUCGCCAUGAUGAUGUCUCUCGGUGAGAUGGCCACGUGGUUGCCUCUCCCGGGUGCUAUUCCACAAUUUUGCGCCCGUUAUGUCGAUGACGCGAUGGGUUUUGCCGUCGGCUGGAACAACUGGUACUCGUGCUCCAUCACGCUCUGCGCCGAAAUCUCUGCCGCCUCAACGGUGAUUCAAUAUUGGCAUGGAGCUCGGGACAUCAACGUGGCGGCCUGGAUCUCCAUCAUCAUUGUCCUGGUCCUCUGUCUCAACAUUUUCGCCGUUUCGAUCUAUGGUGAAGCCGAGUUUAUUUUCGCUUCCAUCAAGAUCAUCACCAUUGUCGGGUUGUUGAUUCUCGCCCUCAUCAUCGACGUCGGUGGGGUGCCGGGACAACAUCGUCUGGGUUUCCAGUACUGGAACAACCCCGGCGCCAUGAAGGAGUAUAUCGAUACCGGUGAUUCAGGUCGUUUCCUCGGCCUCUGGUCCACUCUCGUCAACGCCGCUUUCUCGUACGGUGGCGUCGAAAUGGUGGCGGUGGCUGCCGGCGAGGCUGAAGAUCCCCGUCGUAACAUCCCCAAGGCCGUCCGACGUGUUUUCUGGCGAAUCCUGUUUUUCUACAUCCUGGGCUCCUUGGCCAUUGGUGUCUUGGUUCCUUACAACGACCCCAACCUUUUGAGCGCCCAAGAAAACGGCGAAGCUGGUGCCGCUCAAUCCCCCUGGGUCAUUGCUAUUCGACGGGCCGGAAUCGACACCCUCCCCUCCAUCAUCAACGCAGUCAUUUUGACCUCCGCCUCUUCUUCCGCCAAUGCUUUCCUGUACACGGGCUCCCGUUACCUGUACGCCAUCGCUCAAAACCGACAAGCCCCAAAAUUCCUUCUCAAGUGCACGAAGAAGGGGGUACCGUUGUGGUGUGUCUUGAUUACCUGCUCCAUCUCCCUCUUGACCUACAUGUCAUGCUCUUCGGGUUCUAACAAGGUCUUCACGUGGUUCCAAAACUUGACCACCAUUUCCACUCUCUUCACCUGGGUCAGCAUCAACAUUGCCUACCUUCGCUUUUAUUAUGCCUGCAAGGCCCAAGGUAUUUCUCGCGGUGAUCUGCCCUUCAAGUCUCCUUUCCAGCCAUACCUCGGCUAUUUUUCUGCCAUUUUCUUCGGUUUGAUCAUCUUCUUCAACGGCUUCGAUUCGAUUGCCGGUGAGUGGGAUUAUGAGGCCUUCAUUACCGACUAUAUCGGUAUCCCCAUCUAUUUCGGUCUCUAUCUCUUUUGGAGAAUCCUCAAGCGCACUCACUUCCGAAAGUCAUCUGAGGCCGAUUUGUAUACGGGCAAAGCUGCUUUGGAUGCGGUUAUUUGGCCUGAUCGUGUUCCUCGUAACUGGAUAGAGAGAUUCUGGUUCUGGCUCGCAUAA